AAUUUUCAGCCCUAACCCUUUUACUUAAUAUUAUAAUUUGUUAAGGAUAUUUACGAAAAACGUUGUUUUUAGGAGUUGGUUAAUUUUGUUUUUAAAAAGAUCAAUUAAUUUUGGUAUGCGAGUUUUAUUAUUCAUUUCAGUAUCUUGGUUUUAUUUCGCAUCUCGGUUAAGAGCUUUACCCAAAUUUCAGAAAAUGGCAGCGCUCAUAAAUAAAGCACUAAGGUCACAAGUUGUUUUAUGGGUAAAAUACUAUUGCUUUAAUUUCAUUUUCUAAAUAUACAUUUAUUAGAUUUGUUUUUUUAGGUCCACUUUAUCCCGCUACCAAUACUCAAUACGUUGUUGACCGUAUCUAAAUCCAAACGAGGCUUUGUACCUGUACGAGUAUGCUUAACUUACUAUGAUGACUAUACUAUACUCUAUACUACUAUUACACUAUUACUAUUACUAUAUGAAUAUCAUAUAAUAUGAUACUAAUAAUCUACAAUACUAGUUCUACCUAGCCAAUGCCGAAUCAUGCCGAAUAGGCAAUGACUGAAUGAAGUGAAUGAUUACUACUAUAUUAAAUUAUAUUCAAAUUCAGUAUAUUAUUAUUAUGAAUGAAUCAUAGUUGCAUGCAGAGGCAUAGCGAGAGUGUUAGUGUUUGUUUGACGCCCCCUUUUCUUUUAUCAACUCUCAACCAACCCAUUAUUUUCAUCAAUAAAAUAAUAAAUAAUAUCAAAACACAUUUUAGCUCCCCUAACUAUCUGCAUCCAGGUGCAUCUGUCCCCCUGCCCCUACGCCUCUGGUUGCAUGAAAGUGAAAUUAAAAAAAUCCUUGCUAACUAAGGGUUUUGUUGCUCUUUCACGCCCUUACGAGGUUGAAACCCUUAGAAACCCCAGUAACAUUGAAUAGGAACUAGUGAGGCAAAAUAUUUUUCUGUCUUACUAAUGACUAAUGUCACUAAUGUUGCUAGUAAUGUUAACACCUAGCCUAGGCCUAAUAAAUAAAGAGCCCAGCUCUCUCAAUCUCUGCUAGGCCUAGAUAGACAUGCAAUGGAAUAGCCCCCACUCUGUUCUUAUACUAUUACUAUUAUACUCUAGUAUAUGUAGUGUUGAUAUAUAGAGAAUGUAUAAGUAUGUUGUUCUCUUAUUUUAAUUUGGGAGGGGGAAGGGCAACGACCUAGAGUCAUAUCCAUCCAAUCACCAAUCAUAUUAUUAUCAUGCUUCUGGUCUGGGUGCUUCCUUUUCACAACCAGCCCUCUCCCUACUCAAAAUGUUUUAUAUUAAUAGUGCUGAGUGAAACAAAAAAGCUGUCAAGCAGCGAGCGUCAUGCGUUACAUUGAAUUCCGGGUGAAAAGGAUUAAUUUUUUCGAAGGCGGCUUUUAUAUCAAUUAAUAAAGAGCCACGGAUAGGAUGUUGGACUGUCUGUAUGCCUAGGCCUAUUAUUUAAAGGCUGGCAAGUAGGGCGUAGGACUGUCUGUAGGCCUAUUGUUUAGAGGCCUGCAAAAAUUAUAGAAAACAAGAAGUUAACUUUUUUUGUAACUCUAGGACUCAACUGGUAUUUUCUCAAAAUACCCGGGCCCUGUGUAAAAAAGCUGACCUCAAUUAAUUGUUUUAAAUAUUUUCCUAUUGUUUAUGUCAUUGUUGUAGGUACUUUUACAAAAAUUUUAAAUAUUGUCUGAUUGCCAUAAAAGAUAUAUUAUAUUAUGUAUUACGAUACUCGCACAUAUCUUCUGCGCAUAUCGAAAAAUGACACAUUCACGUUUUUGGCCAUUUGACAUUUGUCUUUUUGAUUAUCUCAUCUUAUUGCGUUUUACAUCCAUAUUAAAUUAUUAUGUCAUCGGUGAAGAAAAGCCCAUAUUUUACCAAACGCUGUGAUAUCAUUUUUGCAGCAUGGUGUUUUGUGACUGGCAUAGUAUUUACUCUUAUGUAUUGGUAUAUACUUAAUAGCUUGUUGUUUUUAAUAUAAAAUCGUACCACAUAGCUGUUUAUCGUGACACUACUUAAUUCACAAAUGGGAAUAGUGACAUUGCUCAUCCUUGUAUAAUAAAAUAUUAUCACUAUAUUAAUAAUAUUAGAGUGUAUAUUUUAUUAUUUAAAUACCCCUAAAGGCUUAUAAGAUGAGAACAGACAUUUCAUUUAGACUAGUGGUUCUCAAGUUUUUUUGGCCAUACCCCUUAAAGCUCCGUGCCUAAGGAUUAUACUAAUAUUACUAAAAGACUAAUAAUAAUACUAUUCUAUUACUACAACAGCAUUUACACUUACAGUUUUGAGGCCCUAAUUUAAGUUAACAUUUUUAAAAAAUUGUAUGAGGCAUUUUUAAUUAUACAUUAAAGACAGCAUAUAAAAAAAAUUAGACUCAAAAUCAUCAUUGUAAUUAUUUUUGUAUAGAAAAAACAAUAGUAUUAAAAAGAAAAAAUAAAUCAGGUAGAUUCAGGAAUAUGAUUAGAUAUUAUAUCUAGGUUUCUUUCAGAUGCAAGAGGAGAAAAAUUAAAUUUUCUGUGAAAGAAUUUUUUGGAAUUCAUUCCAUCAACAAGGAGGCACGUUUGCACAGACAAAGUUUAUGAAGGAGAGAUUGUGGGAUUGAUCAACAAGACCAAGAAGUCUGUAGAGCCAUCUACAUAGGAAAUGACAGGCAGAACAUCCCCAUUACCUUUUAAAAUUUAAUCAUGUUACCCGGUACUGGUAUGCUCAUAUUAGUAUGCUGGGUGAUAUUAGCAGUUUUUAUUUAUAAUCUCAAGCAUUCAAUUUUAUUUUUAAAAAUACUUCUACUUAAUUUAUAUAAGUAUAAGAUUUGAUUUAAAAUUUAACUGAAGCAUAUAAUUAAUGAAAAUACAAUAAAAAUGUAAUUUUGUUUCCCUUUAUAAAUAAUAACUUUUCCAAAUUCUUUUAAUCAUGUUUUUUUUUUUUUUUAAACAUACCCUCACGUAAAAUUAUUCAAAAUACAAAGUCUUGAUGCUAUGUCAAGUUUUUAUUGUUCAUUUUGCUUUAUAUUGCACUGAGAAUGUGUCCUGACAAUUUGGUACCAUGAUCUUUUAAAAUAAAAAUUUGUUGGCAAUGUAAGCGGAAAUGGGGGAAAAAUUAUUAUUUUUAUUAAAAAUAUGUUUCAGUAAAAAUUUUAAAUCCCUUCAUAUAUUUAUUAAAGUUAACUUGAAGUAUUUUCUAAAAUAAAAUUGAAUGGAAGAGAUUUUAAAUAAAAGCUACUAAUAAGAGACUACUUAACGAUGAGAAGAAUUCCACAGGGUUUUUCGAUAGAACAUUAAAAUUGUAUCUAAAGAAACAUAGAAAUAACAUGAUCUAAUCAUAAGCCUGAAUCUAUACAAUUUCUUUUUAAUUUAUAUUAUUUAAUUUUUUUAUGUAGUAAAGCUCAGUUCUUUUUAUUUGAUCUGAAAUGAUAUAUGUCAAUGCAAACUCUUUUCCAUGUCCUAAUAAAAGUAUAAUUACUUUGAUGAUGUUGAGUCUUGUUUAUUUAUUUUAAGUCUUUUAUUUAUAGGUAAUUAAAUACCUUUUUAAAUUAAAAAAUAAUAACCUAAAUUAGGCCUGUGAAAGUGUAGUUGUAGUAAUAGAAUAUUAUUAGUUUAUUAGGCCUAGGCUUAGGCCUAAGCCUAAAUAGACUAUAAUAUAGAUAUCUUAAUUUAUCUAUUUUAUUUACUACUGAUGUAUUACUCUCAGUAGUAUUAAUUUCAUAACAGUUUUAAUUGCCUACCCACUCUAUAAAUUAUAAAAUAAUAUAUCUAAUUCUAUACUAUUAUAAAUAAUUAUGCACUACUUAUUAUAUUAUUUAUGUGGUCAAUGGUGUAUAAAUUAUAAAACAUGGUUCCUUUGAAUUAAUAAUAGUAAAAGCGGUUGCUUUUUAUUGUGUUAUUAUUCCUUUAAUUAUAACUAAUAAAUACAGGUAAAAACUAGGCCUAUGCAUAUAUAUGUUUUGAUUUUAUAUUUAAAAAAUACUUAGCUAUUAAGAACAUACAGAAAUAACUUGGUGCCUGUCACAAAAUCCACCUUGUCUCAAAAAUGGUAUCAGCAUGCUUGAAAAAAUAUGCUCUCUUCGUCACUGAUGACAAAGUAAUUUAUUCUUAAAAAAUUGGUGAAAACUGCAAAAUAAUGAGAUCGCUGCCAAGCUAAAUGUUAUAUUGCCACAAAUGUUUUUGUGUCAUUUUUUUGACAUGCACAGAAUGUGUGCAUGAAUGAGUAUAAAAGUAUCUAAUCGUAUCACACUGACUCUGUUUGUUGAGCAACCCCCUGCACAGUUGAAGGUAGUUUUUUUCUAUUUCUGGAAAUUGUGCAUGGAGGAGGAUAUUUAUAGACUGUCCGUUAAUUACGUCAACAAAAUAUGGGGAAAGGGCAUUUAGAAAAGCCUGACAACUGUUGACUAGGGGGAGUCAAAAUAAAUUGAUGUCAACAGUUCUAUUUUUCUUUGAUAUAGAAAACAAUUAAAACCAUAAAUAUGCUGAGAUAUUUUGUUGCAGAUUAUUGGUGUUUUGAUGGCUAUACUAAAAAAAUAUCUAUAAUUUCAAAUGGACUGAACAGUACCAAUGAUUCUUUAAGGGGCUCGAGAAAUUACCACCUGCUCCUCAACAACAAAACAUCACCUAUUCAAAUGGCUGCCAAAAGAUAGAAAGAGAUGAUGGCCAUUGGUUCUGUUAACUUUCGACAAGUGUUUGUACCAGCAUGUACCAUUAAUCAUGAUUCACCAUAAACUUAAUGUAAAGUAAUAUUUCCCAUAAAUGACAUCACACUUAUAGGGUAGGAGGGAGGGCUGAUGAAUUUAUGAGGUUGUUCAUAUUGUAUGACAAUCUCAAUCAGGGAGGAGGGGGUGAAAAAUCUGCCAAAAUAUCAUGACAUCAUCUGUGAAUGGUUAAAAUUGUAUGGAAAUCUCAAUCAGGGUGGAGGGGGUGAAAAAUCAGCCAAAAUAUCAUGACAUCAUUUGUGAAUGGCCGUAAGACACUGUUUGGCUGGCAAUAACUUUACUUCAAAAAUAUUCUUUUCAUUCAGGGUACGGCACGACAUGUGUUGGCUACACAAGCUAUUGAUUCAGGUCAGCCUGGAAGGCAGCCAAGUAGAGGAUUUCCAACGUCAAAGCACUGGCUUCUAAAAUGGAGGCUUCUCAGAAAGAAGAAAGUUCUCAAAGUUAGUAAAUGUCUAUUAUUAUUAAUAUGAGGCCAUUAAAUUUUUUGUUAAAGUUCAUUUUAAAAAUGUCAAACAAUCUCAUCUUUGAAUUGUCUUUAGAUCGACCUCCCCAAGUUUAUUGAACUUAAAAGUGAGAAAAAAAGGCAAGAGGAUAAAACAUCAGAUGAGCUUCGUAUGGAUAUGAAAAAAGAAGGGAGGUUACCACCCAGAACAUUUCAAGAACUUCCUUUAAACAUUUCCUGCACACGUGAGUGAAUUUAACUAUUGCAGUCAGAAGAGGUUUUAUAUCAGAGAAAAUGUUACGAUUGCCCUGUGCUCAAAUAUGGCUGUUUUGUACGUUUUUUACAUCAAAGAAUCCGAUUUGGUUUGUAGAACACAUUACACAUUGAACAGCUGAGAGACAUAAAUGAAAAUAUUUAGAUUUCCACCUAUGAAAGAAUGUGUUGAAUUAUUAUACAAAUUGUCAUUUACUGCAAUACAACAAUAAAAUUAUGGUUGUAAAAAAAAAAGUAAAAUAAGGGAAUGUGUGUUGACACUGACAGUAUAUUAAUCAUUAAAUCUCACAAUCGCACUUCCAUGUUAUCAUAAUUGACUUGUCUCACAUCUGUAUGAAUUUUUUACACAGUUCCAUUUUAAAAAAGAUGAACUUCUAAUCAAUGUAUUGAAUUGCAAAGAGAACUGAAGGACUCUGAAAAUAAACUUGUAAUUUAUUACAUGAAGUAAAAUGUAAAUGAAGAAAUGUUAAAAAUAUAUAAACAUUUAUACCUUAACUUAAAAACUAGUGUCUUACCUGUUCUUAUAAUCCCUUUCCUCGCAUUGCCUGAAACGCCACAUCGAACCCCUUGUGGGUGCGAGCAUCCUCAGUUCUGAAACCCUGGAUGGGUUUUAGUUGAACAGCUGCAUCUUAAAUCUGUGUGAAAUCAUGCUUGAUGUAUUACAACCUGUACUUUCUAUUUACUCAAGUCUAAGAUAUUUUUUUUCACAACUUCAACACUACUUGGCCAGCUUCAAAACUUAUAUUGUCAUCGGCAUGUUUACUUUUUAAACAGCCAAUCGUUUAAACCUAGUUUUUCAAAUGGCAAGGUUUUUUUUUAAAGACAUAAAAUGAAAAGCUGCUGCAGCGGUGUAACGUGUAAAACUCCAUAAAAUGUUAAGUCAAGUGGCUGAGCUGCACCAUGUUCAAGAAUGCAAUUAAGUUGGUUUAUAUUCCAUCCAUCCCUGUGGCGCUACAGCCCAUGUAGGUCUUUUGCCUGCCUCACCACUUCCUUCCACUCAGACCUAACUAAUGAUUUUCUUUUCCAUGCUUGGACUUUCAUCUGCUGUAGAUCUUUUUCCACAUCAUCUAUCCACCUAAGCCUAGGUCUGCCUUUGAGCCUUUUUCCUCUGGGGUAUUGGUGAUGCACCCUCUUCGUUCCUCUGUCAUUUGGCAUUCUCUUUAGGUGUCCUGCCCAGUGUAGCCUGCCUCUUUUUAUUUCUGCUACUAUCGUGGGAUCCUGAUAUAGACUGUAUAAUUCAUGGUUGGUUCGUAUUCUCCAUCCAUAUUCAUCCUUCGUUGGCCCAUAUAUUUUCCUGAGAACUUUCCUCUCCCAUGUGUUUAAUAGGUUUUCUGCUGUUUUUGUUAGGGUCCAAGUUUCACUUGCAUAUGUUAAAACUGGUCUGAUCACAGUUUUAUAAAUAGUUUUCUUGGUUUCUCUUGUAAUGUUUUUACUUUUGAGUAUUUUCUGACUACUGAAGUUUGCCCUGUUUCCGGCUGAUAUUCUUUCUUUUAUUUCUGUUAGUAAUUCAUUUCUUUCAUUUAACAAGGAUCCUAGGUAUUUGAAUUGAUUUACUUUUUCAAAAGUUUGGUUUCUAAUUUUAAUUGCUUCAUCUGUUUGUUCCUCUCUUAUCAUGGUCAUGUAUUUUGUUUUUUGGUUGUUAACUUCCAGCCCUGCUUGUAAAGAUGCGUCUUCUAAUUCAAUAUAGGAUUUUGAUAGUCUUUAAUACUUUUCCGUAGAAGUGCUAUGUCAUCAGCAUAUGCAAGAUACUGAAGUGGUUGGUUGUAGAGUGUGCCCGUUGUUUGUGGGUCUUGAGUUUCCCUCAGAAAGUAUCCUGUUAUCGUUCUUCGAGUGUCAAUGUGUAUGUUUCUAAUAACUCUCUCUAAUGUUAGGUUGAAAAGCACACAAGAUAGUGAGUGUUCUGUCCUAGGCCUUGUCUAAUAUGAAAUUCCCUUGAAUAUUCUCCUUGAGUCUAGAUUUUGCUUUUUGAGUUGUUCAGUGUUACAUGUAUUAGUCUUGUCAGUUUGUUGGGUAUCCUAAACUCCUGCAGAGUCUCAUAUAGAUAGUUUCUUUUGAUGCUGUCAUAGACCAUUUUAUAGUCCACAUAGAGUUGAUGUAUUGGUAUAUUAUAUUCAUAACAUUUCUCUAAUAGGGAUGUGAUGGUGCCUCCAUAUUUAAUCAGUUCUGCUGUGAUUAGGUCUCGUCCGGGGGGCUUUGUGAUUUUUCAUAUAAUAAAUUACCUCUUUGGUUUCUUCUAGUGUUGGGCAUUGUGUAAAAGGGUCUGGUCCUCCCUGUGGGAGUUGAUAAUCUUCUUCUUGUCUAUUGUCUGCAUUCAGUAUGUCCUCAAAGUAUAUAGCCCACCUCUCCAGUACUUUACUAUUUUCCAUGAUUAAUUCUCCAUUGUUGCUCUCACACAUUUGCAGUCUUGCUUGGUAUCCAUUCUUUUCAUCUUUUAUCUUCAUGUAUAUUCCUCUUAUAUUUCCCUCUCUUGAUAAAUCUUCUAUUUCCUUUAGUUUAUCCUUUUCCCAUUCCCUCUUUUUCUUCCUACACAUUUUUGUUGCUUUCCUUCUGGCUUCCUUGUAUGCUUGUGUUGUCUUUCUGGUUUCUCUUUGUAACAUGAUCAUUCGUGCUUUGUUUCUUUCUUCCACAGUCUCUCUGCAUUCAUUGUCGUACCAGCCUACUCGAGUGUUGGCUUGCUGAAAUCCCACUACUUUUUCUGCUGAUCUUUUGAUGGCAUUUUUUAUCCUAUCCCACUGAUCAUUUCUGUAGAUGGUCUGAGUCUGCAUCUGCUCCUCUAAGGCUUCUCACAUAACUUGGUUUAUAUAUCUAUUUGAAAUAGUUUUGCUAGUCACUUAGACCGCUACUUAAAAAUCUGUAUUUCCUCUGCUGCAGGUGGAAUCAUAGACCCUUUCAAACCUCCUCAGGGUGAUGGUAAAAGCUCAUCUUUGUUAACCGGAGUGAGUCACAUUUCUUAAAGCACACACUACCUAUGAUAGAAUUAUGAAAGUUACUUGUAAUUAACAUUUGGAAUUGUUGAGUCAGUAGCUGAGAAACAAAUUUUUAAUGAUUAUAGUAUAAUAUAUACAUUCUUAAUUUUCUAAUUGAAUUGAACAAUUCUUUUGUAUAUCUAAUUGUAUCCCUUAUCUUUACUUUAGUGAUGUAUAUUUGAACAAAAUUUUGUUCCUUUUUUUUUAAACUUAGAGAUUUUAUCUAGAUCCUUUCCAUGGCUGGUUGGAGCUAAUAUAAUUUUACUUCUUCUCUUGUUAGUAUGUUCAAUUUAAAUAAAUCACUUUUAACAUUGUUAAACUGAUUGUUUCAGAAUCUGUCUGAUAGUUUUAAUCGUAUGCUGAAAGGCCCAAAGUCAAUUAAACACAUACGUAAAUUAAAAAAGUAUGAAGAUUACGUGGAGUCUGAUUUUGCUCAAGAGGCCCAGAAAAUUGUAUUUGAAGCCCAGCAGCUGCUACAGGAGUAAGUUAGAGGCUUAUUAGUUUUCCUUUUUAAAACUAAAAUAUUUGUUUGUUUUUUUUAAGAUAAGAUUUUGUGUGUGUGUGUGUGUGUUGUUAUAUCUUUAGAAAUAAAUGAGCACCAUGGUGAAAAAUACUCCUUUGGAGCUGAUACAUAUAUUUGCCCUUUAUGUUUCAAGUAUGUGAUGAUGAAGGGCUAAAUAUUCAUGCCCAUCUACUCAAACAUUUGUUUUACCUGGUCUACCAUUACAAUUUAUGUGCCUCGUCUUCCCAGACAAUUUAUGUGCCUUGUCUACUCAGACAAUUUAUGUACCUGAUCUAUCCAGACAUUGGUUGUGACUAAUGUGCUCAUGUAUAUCAUUCAUGCCAUAUUCUCUACCAAUUCAAACAGUCAUCGUCAUCAGAAACAUUAUUAAAAACAAGAAUGAAAUAACUGUGUUUAUUUUCAGUAUCUUCAAAAAUCAAGAAAGACUGCAUGAGCUGGUAACUGAGAAAGCCUUCCCGGUAAUAUCUUAAAUUUAUUAACACUGUUUUUACUAAAACAAAUUUGUUUAGAACUCGUAUAAUAGAAGCUCUUAACAAAUAAAAGUAAAUGAUUUGCAUACAUUAAGUCCUGUUACAUACUGAACUGAUACUUUGCUCUUCAGACCACCAAAGCAAUGCUACACAAAGCAUCUCAUUCCAACAAUUAACAUUCUCAAACACAUUUUCCACAACAGUUUGUAAAAAUUUGAAUGGAUUGAGUUUUAGCCCGCCUAGUACUGACCUACAUUUGUUGCUAUGUACCCCGAAUAUUAUUUUGCGAAUUAUUCCCUGUGGCCCAGACAUUAUUUUGGAAUGAGCCAAAAUUUGAUAGGUUUGCAAAUGACUGUAAAUUUUUUGUUUUAAACAAUUGUUAAUAACAUGUAUAGAAUUAUCUGUUCAGAAAUGGAUAAGGGUGUUGAAAAUACUAAUGUGUUUUGUUCAAACUUUUCAUAGGCAAUGGCUUACUAGGGGAUUGUGUCGUCAGCACAGUGCCAAACAACUUUUACUCCAGUCGAUCUUCAUCUAAAUCAAUAUCUGCGUUGGCACUAGGUCUAAAAUCUGUCAAACCUACGUAAAUUUUGAGCUAUUGUAGGCCUACUUCCUUCAUUAGCAAUGUCAUCCCCCUCUUCCUCAUACGCAUCAGAAUCAUCUAAUCCCAAUCAAAGCUCUAGAAUAGUUUCAGAACAAAAGGUUUCAUCAAGUGGGCGUUAGUCGUCAUCAACAAUAGCGCUUGGUGCUUGGUAGCGCCAUGGAAACAACAAAUUCAGAUCCGCACAAAAAACUCAUUAAUUGGUCGAUUUACUUAAUUUAAAAGGCAAAAUAAAAUAUUUAUUUAUUUAUUUAUUUAGGCAUUUUUAUAUAGCGCUUAUCAUAAAGCUCUAAGCGCUUUACAAUUAUUAAAACAUGUAAACUAAGUAAAUACAAAUGAGACACUAGGAUAUUAACAACUAUUCUAUAGAAACAAUGAAAAUGGCUAUAAAACGAGGACACUUUGACACUUCAGGAUCAACCCGAAAUAGAAAAUGAGGUAGGGCAAGGAGGGUGCAUCACAGGUCAUAGGCGGACCUAAACAGAUGAGUUUUAAGGGACUUUUUGAAAAUGGACGAGGUUUCACUAUGAUAUAUAUGGAAGGGGAGCUGGUUCCAGAACAUGGGCCCAUGGAAGCAGAAGGAGCGUUCACCGAUAAAAUAAAAUAUGACUAUUCCCCUAAUGAAUAAACAUUCUACCCGAGACUUUGGUGAAAGGUUUUAUCCUCGUUUUUGUGUUUAUAUUAGAUACCCCUCUAUGUGGCAAAUAGAUGCGCUUGGGCCACAGGGAAAAAUAAUGGGCUGGUGAAAAAAGACAAACUUGGGUUACAGGGAAAAAAAGUAGGUCACUGCAAAAAGAUGCGCCCGGUGCUGUAAGGGUUCGGUACCGGUACUGCUAGUAAAUAUAUGUGAAAUCAUGUUGCUUUCUCUAAAUGAUAGUACAUAGAUUUAUUGAAAAUAUUCCUCACCAUUGUAUGAAAAGAAGCCCCCAAAUCCUUCCUUGUUGAUCUGAUGAUGAACUUUUAUCUGUUCUUGGUGAAUAUCAAUUUUCUCCAAUGUAAUUUAAGUUGGGUACAGAAUAACAAGAGCUGCACAGCUCAGUAACAUCAAUUCUUUUAGAUUAUAAGCAGGGUCAAGAUUUUACAAGGACAUUGACAUAGGGCAUGUUAUUCAUUUAGUAACAGUGCUGCAAUAAGCAUAUAUUAUAAAUGAUAACAUAAUAUAAGCUUGUGUCUCAAUUGCUCUCCUUAUCCACAGAGUGCUUGAAAUUUUAUUGAGUCCUGAUUCACAACCCUGACUAAUGUUCAUGUCUGUCCAAUUUGAGUUGUUUUUUUUUCUUACAAAUUAUUUGAAAAAAAGCUUUGGAAUUUCUUUCCAGGAAAUGGUCCAUGGGCUAGAGAACAAAACUAUGCAUUGGUCGAUUGUUGAAACAGUUGAGCCAACAAAAGUGGUUCAUAUUCGCACAGAAGAAAUGAUCGCUGCUGAAAAUCUCUUUGCACAAAUCACCAUCCGCAUGCACACCAAACAGGUCAGAUGGACAAAAUAUCUACUGAUAUAUAUGUCUGAGAACAAAAGUAUUUGAAGCACAAUUAGCAUUUAAAGGACACAGUUUAUUUAUCCCUAUGUUUAAAAAAAAUGCAGAAAAAUGCUGUGAGACCAUAAAUAAAUUAAGAAAAGGAUACAUCUCACCCUAUUCAUCACAGAAACCUAAUAUCAGCUUGAUCAAGGUGAAUUCUUUCCUUAAUGACUUAAUGAUAAAGUUCGGGACCGAAAUAUGUACAAACUAUUUUGUUCCCCAGUCGUUCAGAAUUGACCAGCAUGCUCCCCCAACUGUUACAAAAUCUAAAUGUCAAUAGUUAUUAAGUCAUUAUUUCCACAAAGGUAGCAAUGUGUAUGGUUUGUGACUGCUGAUUUUCACAGUAGAGAAAUACUUCAGAUGUCCUGUGUUUAAAUUGUUCUGCUUGUAAAAUAAGGGUCUUGGUUAGAAGAUUUAUUUAUGUAGGUUUUAAACUGAAUAUGUACAAUGUAAUUUUUUUUAAAAACAUUUCCAUUUAUUGGGAUCAAUAAAAGAAUGUUACAUCUUAAUGUGAUUUUCUCCAUUUCCAGAUCUUGGCUAUAUACGAUCGGUUUGGACGAUUGAUGUAUGGAGAUCCCAUCACCCCCAAGUCCGUCAUAGAAUAUGUUGUAUUGGAAAAGUGGAUAUCCGAUACAUACGGGCGGUGGCGCAUACACGGCAAGGUUGUUCCAGAUUCUGUUGGACCUCGUGACAAUCUCAUCAAGACUUACAAGGUGCCGAAAUUUGAACCUUUACCCCCCGUGGAGGUGGCCAGCGACAAAGAUAGCGAAAAAAAACACGCUGAAGAUGACUUUGAUAAAGACGAAAAGAAAACCAAAGCACCAGAGCUCGUUACAGCGUGAUGAUGAAUUUAAACGUGCGUGCCUUUUAGUAGGUGAUAGCAUUCAAUUAGAGCAAACAAAAUUUCAAAUCAAAUACUGGGACUCUUUACUGUGUGGGAAAUUCUUAUGGGGGGGGGGGGGUCUUACGUUUAUGAAGAUAUAACAAGCCAAUUAUUUUCUUGUUAUCUGCCACUAGGAGCUAUCCAUUACGAUGUUCUUGGUGGUGACGUUCUCGAAUCAUUUAACUUCUGUUAAUGCACAACUUGAAAAAUGUAUUUUAUUACCUUUCAUUGUUUCAAGGCCAAAACUAGGUGGGAUGGAGUCCGGUAAUUCUGAUUUAGUGACAAUUGAUUUUAAAAUUAUUGAAUUAGACACGCUGGAGGAUGCAAUGAGACAUCCUUGGCUUAGUGCAAGAAAUAUUUUGGGCAUAGUGCAAAAAACCAUUUCUCAGUAGUUAUUAUGAACAGACCCAGCCAUUGAUAAAAGGAUGGAAUAACUUAUUUGAAGCCUGGUUUCCCUUUCCAAUUGGUUGUAGAAUAUUUCUUGUGGACACAAUGGUCAAGAGAAUAGAAUUAAAUAUGUUUUUUCAAGUCAUUGUCUUUUUAUUUGUAUUCCUGUGGUGGUC